AUGGCAUCCUCUUCUUCUCCUCCUCCUCCUCCUCUGCGCAUGGCGGUUUCACCACAAACACCAAAGCAGAGCUUGAGCCACAAAGUAUUCGUCUCUAAAUCUGAUUUCAGUACGCUUCUUGAGGGCGAGGAUAAAUCUACUUCUGCUACGACGAAAUUGCGGCGUAUGGGAAGAAGAUCAGCUCCGCUCUUCCUCGUUAUUAUUGAAGGAAAGCACAUUUUCAAUGUUUCAUAUCCUCACCAGUACUGCUUCGUACGUUCCAUAUUAAUUGCGGGCAAUGUGCAUGACUUUUUUAGGUUUGUCCCCCCACCAAAUUUCAACAUUUCUAAAAUGACUUUACAGGUUGAAAUGUCUCAAGACAAAAGGGUUAAGGAUGUUAAAGCUCCACUACUGCAAAUAGCAUUCAAGAAAACAUUUUCCAUGAAAGUUGUGCAUGUUGAUGAGAAAUUUUCCAUCAAAUUCAAAGGAGCACAAAUUCUUCUUACUCUAAUGGAAGCUCGUUGUGGUCACCAUUCCGUGGACCAAGGAUUGCUUACUCAUGAUUCUGAAAUUUAUUUUGAAAUCUUAGAGGGCAAUGUCAAGAUUAUUGAUCAGAUCUACGACCAAGAUAAGUUGUUCAGGAGAAGAAUCCAUGUGAAUAUUUUGGAGGAGCAGCUUACCUCUUUGGGCAUUGGAGGCAUGACAUCCACAUUCAUGAAAUUGUUUGAAAAAGCAUUUGCAACAAGGACUCUGCCCUCGGACGUAAGCAAAAGGUUAAGCAUAAAUCAUGUCAAGGGUGUGCUAUUGUAUGGCCCCCCUGGAACUGGAAAAACAUUAAUUUCCAGGAAAAUAGCUGCGCUGCUGAAUGCUCGAGGUCCAUGGGUUGUAAGGGGGCCUGAAGUUUAUGCCAAGUACCUAGGAGAGUCGGAGGAAAAAAUGAGGGAAUUAUUCAAGCCUGCUCUUGAUGACCAAAAAAAAUAUGGAAAUAUGAGUCCACUGCAUAUAAUUAUCAUUGAUGAAAUUGAUUCGGUUGCAAGAAUUGAUGGAUUUGACCAUUUGAAUAAUAUAUUUCUUAUUGGAACUACAAAUCGACCCGAUAUAAUUGAUGGAGCAUUAUUGAGGCCCGGUCGGCUGGAACUCAAUCUAGAGAUUUCCUUUCCCGAUGAACAAGGAAGGGAACAAAUUCUGAAGGUGCAUUCAAGAAAUAUCCAGAAAGAAGGAAUCCUUCAAUUGGAUUUUGAUUUCAAACAACUUGCUUCAAUGACUGAAAAUUGGAGUGGCGCUGACUUGGAAUCCCUUGUUCGACAAGCACUUUCCAGUGCUAUAGUUCGAGCAAGCAACGGUUUCCAGUGUUUUGAGGAGGAGAAGCUCAGAAUUACUGAAAAAGAUUUCCUUGAUUGUUUCUAUCAUAUUCAAAAUAUGAAGGAGCGUGGAGGGGCAUGAGUCUCAUGUCGGUGGCUACUCGUAUUACUCUACACUUUUUUUCAACAGUACUUUUUCAUGGUAAAUUGAUCUGUUGUAGACUGCUAUAUCCUCAAUGCAUUUGCUUGUAAACAUUAUGCCACUUUAUUUUGUCAUUAUUAUUGACUGAACAAAUAGAGAUUUUCUUUGAACUAGUCAUAAACUCAAAGAAUUGUAGCUCUGCUGAUGUAGAAAUCGUACCUGGUCUUUAAUAUAGUAAUUUGUUUCUCAAA